UCUCUCUCUCACACACACACACACAUAUUGUAUGAAGGCAGUAAAAAUGGCCGAGGCCAGAAUCUCAGUUGAUCAGGACCGGUUCAUCUGUCCAGUGUGUCUGGAUCUCCUGAAGGACCCAGUGACUAUCUCCUGUGGUCACUGUUUCUGUAAGGUGUGUAUUAAUUACUGCUGGGAUCGGGAGGAUAAGAGUGGAGUUUAUAGCUGUCCUCAGUGCAGAGACACUUUAACUCCAAGGCCUGUUCUACGCAGAAACAACGUGCUGGCUGAAGUGGUAGAAAAACUCAAGAAGAAGCCUGAACUCCAAGCUGCUUCUCCUCCUCAUUGUUACACUGUAUCUGGAGAUGUGGAGUGUGAUUUCUGCUUUGAGAGAAAACAGAAAGCCAUCAAGUCCUGUCUGAUGUGUUUGGCCUCCUUUUGUGAAACUCAUCUGAAACCUCACUAUGAAAUUCCUAGAUUGAAAAAACACCAGUUAAUUAACGCUUCUAGAAAUCUAGCAGAGAAGAUCUGCUCUGAGCAUGAUAAAGUGCUGGAGAUCUACUGCCGUACUGACCAAAGCUUCAUCUGUUAUGCGUGUAUGAUGGAUGAACACAAAAGCCACGACACCAUCUCAACUACAGCUUACAUAACUGAAAAACAGUGCGAGUUAAAGGAGGAACAGAUGAAAUCCCAGAAGAGAAUCCAGGAGAAGCAGAAGAAGGUGCAGGAGCUGAAACAGGCUGUGAAGACUAUAAAGCUGAGUGCAGAGAUAGCAGUGGAGGACAGUGAGAUGCUCUUUACUGAAAUGAUCAGCUUCAUGGAGAAAAAGCGCUCGGAGGUGACGGAGCUGAUCAGAGCUCAGGAGAACGCUGAACUGUAUCGAGCUGAACGACUCCUGGAGCAACUGGAGCAGGAGAUUGCUGAUCUUCAGAGGAGGCUACCUAAGCUGGAGCAGCUUUCACAUACAUAUGAUCACGUUCAUUUUCUCCAGAGUCUCCAGUCUCUCUGUGUCUCUUCUGGACGUGAGGACUUACCCAGCAUCGCUGUCAGUCAACAUCUCUCAUUUGAUGGAGUGAGGAAAUCUCUCUCUGAUCUAAAAAAGCGGCUCGAGGAAUUCUGCCAGGAGGAAUUAAUCAAAAUUCCUCAACAUGCUGCAGCAGUUCAGAUGAUUUUACCCUCGGAACCAAUGAGCAGAGAAGAUUUUCUGCACUAUUUCUGUGAUCUGACUCUGGAUCCCAACACAGUACAUUAUAACCUCAUCCUGUCUAAGGAGAACAGAGCGGUGACGUGCAGUCAGAGGAAGCUGCCGUACCCUGAUCAUCCAGAGAGAUUUGACCACUAUAAUCAGGUGUUGAGUAAAGAGAGUGUGUGUGGACGCUGUUACUGGGAGGUAGAGUGGAGCAGUCAGGAUUAUGUGUACAUAUCAGUCUCAUAUAAAGACAUCAGCAGAAAAGGACGGGGUGAUAAACGUUGGUUUGGAGGCAACAAUCAGUCCUGGGGUCUGCGAUGCUCUACUUCUUCAUUAUAUUUCUAUUACAAUAAGAUUAUGACUGAUCUCAGAGCUCCAUCAUCCUCCAGAAUAGGAGUGUAUGUGGAUCACAGUGCAGGAACUCUGUCCUUCUACAGCGUCUCUGACACCAUGAAGCUCCUCCACAGAGUACACACCACAUUCACUCAGCCUCUGUACGCUGGGUUCAGGCUCAGCUAUGGAUCGACUAUAAGAUUGUGA